AUGAAGAAGAAGAAGGUUACUCGAAAGCCUGCAUCAAGAUCAAGGAAUGAAGAGCCCCUUAAAUCCACGCCCAUGCCGGAAUCUUCAAUGAAGGACCAAGUACAUAGCCUGCAUUCAGAGGAAGAUCUACUUAUGCAAUUAUCUGAAGGUAAGAAGCUGAUGAAUAACCCAUUAUCAGAGGAAUCGUUGAGCCCUGUUAGUGAUGGUGGUCCAAUUCACCUGGAGGACGAAGUGCUGGAAAAGAAUAGGGCUGCGAAUGCUGAGAAAGAUGAUUUUCAAGCUUCAGCUCAAUCUUAUUGGGUGAAUCUUAGGGAUAAACUUCUUAUCAAUGAGGCGACUAAGCUUCAUUAUGAGGAGCCGAUUAUGAAAAAUAGGAAGAAAGUUGCUCAUAUUGAUAUGGCUGAGGUUACAGAACAAGCUCAGAAUUGGAGCUCAGCAGUGAUAUGUAUGGUAAUGGGAGCCAAUCCCCCAUUUUCUGUGUUUGAAGGCUUUGUGAAACGAAUUUGGGGACACCUGGGUAUUGAAUGGGUUGUGAGGAUGAAUAUGGGACUCACCAUUGUCAAACUCAAUGAUGAAUCUACUAGAGAUUUUGUUCUGGAGAAUGGCAUUAUGCAGUUCGACAAGAAGCCAGUUAUUGUACGACCUUGGACUCAAGAUCUAGACACUAUAAGGUUAGUCUUCUCUGUACCUCUUUGGAUCAGACUACCUAAUUUAGGUCUUCAAUAUUGGGGAAAAAAAUGUCUAAGUGCCUUGGUUAGUACAAUUGGGAAACCAAUUAUGGUGGACAAGUUUACAAAGGAUAGAUCGAUGGUCAGAUAUGCUAGAGUUCUGGUUGAAAUGGAGAUAACUGAUGACCCUCCAUUUAUCAUAUAUUUUGUGAAUGAGAGAGGACACAUUCAAGAACAGUUUGUUGAAUAUGAAUGGCUCCCCAUAAAAUGCAAUAAUUGCAAAGGAUUUGGUCAUAAUGUGGCUGAUUGGAAGAAAAAUGACUCUAAGGUUUGGGUAAAAAAGAGUGCGACUGAACAGGAACUUGCCAGUUCUGUUCCUGAGGGUGCAAUUGCUGAGGCUAAUUCAGGUGAAUCAUUUGGCGUUCCUGUGGCUGUUAAAGUAAUGGAAGAGAAACAUGCUGAAUCAGUGAUAGAUGUUCGAGUGGCAGCUGAAGAACAAAGACUUUCACAGGAUCAUCUAUUAUCACCUACUCAGGCUAAUAAAGAGAAUUGGGAAGUUCCUAAGAAAGUUGGGAACUCAAAAAGUAGAGGCAAGUCUGUUAGAUCUGAUUUGGACAACAAACAGAAUGCAUUCAAGGUUCUUCAAGAACAGGAAAAAGGAGAGAAAAAUGGGAACUUAAAUAACUCAAAGUCUGAUGGAUUGCUAAAAAAUUCUUAG